AUGGAUGCAAAAAAGCCAAACAAAGGCAGUUUUAAAUCCUUCCCAACAUUGAAAUCAAAAAAGAAACCAAAUCUCACCUUUGUAAAGGAUACAAACACCAACAUUACUUCACUCCCUUUGGUGGAUACCAAGGGGAAGAACAACAUGGUUAACUUCCCACACAUCAGCAACAACAUCCUGCUGAAGCCACCUCUGCUGUAUACGGAGAAUCAAAAUCAGAAUCAGAUUCUGGCCUCUGAAGACAGGGCUUCAGAAAUGUCUUCCCUUUCAAGCACCAACUCCCAAGAUUCCAAGUCCAAUGAGAAGCCACAAAGGAAGCACAAGGUGCCUCUGACAGCAGCAGAGGCCCUAAGGUGUUUUAGGAAUCAACUGUCUUCUUAUGAGCAAAGUGAAAUCCUGGGCUACACAGAGCUGUGGUUCCUGGGGCUCAAAGCCAAGAAGCUCCAAGUGGCUCCUGAGAAAUUCAGCAAGAUGAGCUUUGAUGAUGAACAUGGCUCCUAUAUGAAGGUCCUGCAUGACCACAUUGCCUACCGCUACGAGGUUCUGGAGAUGAUUGGGAAAGGGUCAUUUGGACAGGUGGCCAAGUGCUUGGAUCACAAAAACAAUGAGUUGGUGGCCUUGAAAAUCAUCAGGAACAAGAAGAGAUUUCACCACCAGGCCCUGGUGGAGCUGAAGAUCCUGGAAACUCUUAGAAGGAAGGACAAGGACAACACCUACAAUGUGGUGCACAUGAAGGACUUUUUCUACUUCCGCAACCACCUCUGCAUCACCUUCGAAUUGCUGGGAAUCAACUUGUAUGAGUUAAUGAAGAAUAAUAGCUUUCAAGGCUUCAGUCUUACAGUAGUUCGGCGCUUCACCCUCUCUGUUUUGAAGUGUUUACAAAUGCUUUAUCUAGAGAAGAUCAUUCACUGCGAUCUCAAACCUGAAAAUAUUGUGUUAUACCAGAAAGGCCAAGUCUCUAUUAAAGUUAUUGACUUUGGAUCAAGCUGUUUUGAGCAUGAGAAAGUGUACUCGUACAUCCAAAGCCGGUUCUACCGAUCGCCAGAGGUGAUUCUGGGCCAUCCCUACAACAUGGCCAUUGACAUGUGGAGCCUGGGAUGUAUCAUGGCUGAGCUGUACACGGGCUGCCCUCUGUUCCCCGGGGAGAAUGAAAUGGAGCAGCUGGCCUGCAUCAUGGAGGUGCUGGGCCUGCCGCCAACUCAAUUCAUUGAGACAGCCUCCAGGAAACAGACAUUCUUUGAUCCCACAGGUUUUCCUAAAAAUAUAACUAACAAUAGGGGGAGAAAAAGAUACCCGGAUUCCAAGGAUCUCACGAUGGUGCUGAAAACCUAUGACUCCAGCUUCCUGGACUUUCUCAGAAGGUGUUUGGUAUGGGAACCUUCUCUUCGCAUGACCCCUGACCAGGCUCUCAAGCAUGCUUGGAUUCAUGAGUCACGGAGUUUCAAAGCACGGCCCAGGCCCCAGACCCUGAGGAAACUCAAUCUCCCUUUAUCCUCUGAGGCAAGAAAAGACAAGGUUCAAGGCCAUCACCACUUGAAUAAAAAAGCAGAUAUGAUCACCAAAGAAGAGGCCAAAAACAAAACAAAAGAUGGCACCAACAAGCAGUUUCAAAAUUCAGGUGAUCAGCAGGGCUCUCUCCAGCAUGCAGCUGAAGUUGUCCAGUUGCCUCACAUAGCAGAAGCUUCCAGUAAACCAGAGGCAGUUGUCAGGUCUGAGGAAUCCGCGACCUCCACAGAGCAAAGCAAGAAGUCCUCCCCCAAGAACAUAAGCAUUUUACCACCUAUUGUAUGA